GAGAAAUUUGCUGUAAAACUCUAGGAGCGGAAUUGAUGAUUCAGAGUCAGUUGCAGUAGUUUUUAAGUUCUAGCAUUUUCUUUUCCCAUUUCAGUAUUCCCUGCAUCUAAACGCAUUCAUCGGACACCAGCAGAAAAAAAGAGCGAACAGAGCUUGGAUGAUUUCGAGAUGGAGUGGAGGGAGCAGUCGACGGUCAGCUGUGAGGCUGCCUUCUCGGAAGCCCAGAGAUGGGUGGAGGCUGUAACCAAGAAGAAGUUUGGGGGCAGCAACUUCAGAUCGGCACUGGAGAAUGGAGUCCUGCUGUGCGACCUGAUCAACAAGCUGAAACCGGGGAUUGUUAAGAGAGUCAACAGGCUGUCCACACCUAUCGCUGGCUUGGACAACAUCAACGUCUUCUUGAAGGCCUGCGGAAAGCUAGGACUGAAAGAGGCACAACUGUUUCACCCGGGAGACCUGCAAGACCUUUCCUCACGUGUCACUGUCAAACAGGAAGAGACCAAAAGGAGGCUGAAGAAUGUUUUAAUAACCAUAUAUUGGCUGGGCAGGAAGGCACAGGUUGACCCCAUCUAUAAUGGACCUUACCUAAACCUGAAGGCGUUUGAGGGAUUACUAGGCCUAGCGCUUUCGAAGGCACUCGAAGAUUCAGCCAGUCUGAAGGGCAACGUCAGGGACAGCGGGUUCGGCGACAGCUGGUACGAGAAAGAGGAGCUGUUCCCAUUGCAGACUGGUCACAGGAGAGAGGAUUCUCUUGACAGUUUAGACUCUGUGGAGUCUAGGACGCUGAGCAUCUCUUCAGACGUUACUCUGAAAGGCAGCAGUGAAGGCUGUGGCAGUGACGCAGAAGCAGAGCUGGGCUUCAAGAUGACGGACAACAAGGACUCCAUCACUUACCGUCGCUCGCUAGUCAUCGAGCCCAAAGCCACCGCGCAGUUCAACCAGUUCCUCCCCAGCAAGGACAAGCCAUCAGGCUACGUCCCUGCACCACUGCGAAAGAAAAGAGCCGAGCGGAACGAGGAUAACAGGAGGAGCUGGGCCAGCCCUAUGUACACAGAGGAGGAUGGCACCUUCACCAGUGGAGGCGGGACUGGUACAGACCCCUCCCCUCAGAAUGGGCAUGGCCCACAGAGUACCCCGCAGGCAGCCUGGCCGCAGUGGCCGUACGAGUACGACAGUGAGAGCGACUCGGACGCCGACCGGCCGGACCCAGACCUGGUGCUGGACGACUUGGCCAGCCGCAGGUUCCGCAGCCCCUCCCCCGUGGUUCCGCCCAACUUCGCCCUCCCCAUGAGCCCGCUGGAGGCGGGACCAGUCACGAGAGCCCCCCGGCCGUUGGUCGCUGUCUCUAAUGCUCCACGGCAGACGCUGGCCUCCCCCAGCCGCGCGUCGCCGCCCCCGCAGCCCGGCAGGGCACGGGAGGACGUUGCGCGGGACAUCCUGCUGAGGGAGCUGUACGAGGACUCUGAGGAGGACGACAGCGAAACGGGCUACGCCGACCCCGUUCAGGACGACCUCUACACGCGCAAGGUGGGCCUGAGCCUGCAGGCCUCCAUGAACGUGCCCUACGAUAAGUUCCUGCCCAAGUUCUGGACUCCCGAGGAGGACGUGCACGUGCACAAGAUCAAGCUGGGCUCCCAGCGCCGGCCUUGGUACAAGAAGAUUCAGGGCUUCAGCCAAAAGAAGUCGGGCUCGUCGUCCGAGGACUCGGACUGCGAUGUCAGUCCCUGGCUCGCACCUUCGUCACCUCCCCCGGCACAGUCUGACAAGCCAACUAGUCACCCACACGCUCCUGAAGGCUCCGCCCACCCCCAACCCCCCGUGGCUCAAAGCACUUGCACGCAACCACACACGGUCUCACAGCCGUACACAGACCUCCCUCACUCAGAGCACCCCCGAGAGGGCGCGGCUAGGCCCGACCCCUCGGCCGGCCCCAGACUCGUUAGGUGCAAGAGUGGUCCCUAUCUAGGGCCCCUGCACGCUCACGACUCCUAUGACAUCCUCCCUGACCUGGAGAACGACGACAUGUUCGCCCGCCGAACCAAGGCCUUCCACAGCUGCGUGGAUCUCGUCAGCUUGAAACCGGAGGGCGGCACGGGCCCCUGUCCGGCUGCGGAGCCUGGCUUCACCAUCGUCACACAGCCCAGACGGGGCAAGCCCGUCGUCCCGGACGUUCAGAGAGACGACGUGCUCUUUCGAAAGGUCAGCACCGGCAAAGAGAAACGGCCUCUCUCUGGCGAUCCCGACACUUACAAUGCUGUGCCCAUCCCCGAACCCUGGGCCCUGCCCGCCAAACUCCGAGACAGGCUGCUGUGCUCGCCCUGCCCCCCAACUCCAGAAGAGGAGGCCGGAGGAGGCGGGAAGAGGGAGGGGCAUCCUAAAACUGAUGACAUGCUGCUCAGGAAGUUUGGGGCGGGGCCUCGCCAAGGGGCGGGUCCACCCUUCGCCCCCUCCGUUCCCUCCUCCUGCAGUGAGGGGGACAUGCUCAAGUGGCAGGCCAUCCGGGAGGCGAGCCGUCUGAGAUACAAGAAGAGGCUGAUGGUGGAGAGACUGCUCCAGAAGCGCUCAGGUUACGACGGGAGCAAGUCCAUGAGUGACAUCCCUGUGGAUCCAGCGGUGCUCCGGCAGGUGCGCUAUGAGGAGCUGCAGAAGAUCCGCUCCCAGGUGAAGGAGAACGAGGACAAGUGGCAGGAUGACCUCACCAAGUGGAAGAACCGCCGCCGCAGCGUCAACUCCGACAUCAUGAAGAAGAAGGAGGAGCGGGAGCAGAUUGAGCUCAUGACCUCCGGGAGCAGCAGGAGGUCCAAGACCUUCAAAGAGAUGCAGAAGGAGAGGGAAAGCAGAGAGCAAGGCAGGGAAAGCAAUGCCUUUUCCGCCAGUAUGGACGUGUUCUCCGAGCCCCCGUCUGCGCCCCUGCCCCAACCCCGCACCCGAACUCUGCUGGCCCGCAGCUACACGGUGGACACCCCCUACAUCUCUGCAGAGCGAGCUGCAGCUCCGUCUGCAGCAUCUGUGCCGGAGGACAAGGGCCUCCCCACAGUGCCGGAGACCGACAGCACCACCACCACCACCACCACCACCCAGAGGGCUGCCUCUCCAUUACCCUCUAAGACCAGCACUGUGCAGCCCCCUGACACCAAGGAGCUUGACCGGUCUAGCACUGUUCAGUCCGAACCAAAUCACACCAAGGAGCCUGACCGGACCAGCACUGUUCAGCCUGAAUCCACUGACAGCAAGGAACAUGACUGGACCAGCACUGUGCUCAAAGACGAGACCAGCACCGCCCUGAAAAACCAGAGCAUCGCUGCCCUCGAGGGCCUCACCAGCACCACUCCCACCAACCGGUUCAGCAGCACUCUCCCUGCCUCGACCAGCGUCGGCCUCGCUGGCCCAACCAGCACAAGCAAGACAGAGGAGAGCCCGGCUGCUCCCAUCAUCAAAGCUCCUGAAUUCAAGAGUCCCUUCAGCAGGGUGGUGGAGGACCAGAGCUCCAGCGUUUCCUACAGAUACAAUUCAACGGAUACAAAACCAGGGGUAUCUCGAAUUUCUGCCUCCCUCCCCAGGAGCUACCAGAGACCGGAUAGCGCGCGCCUCACCUCUGUAGUUACACCCAGGCCCUUUGGGACCCAGUCCACCCGGAUCUCCUCCCUGCCCAGAGCAUACACGCUGGACGACUCAUACAAGCGCUUCAACGGUGAGACUGAUUCCCAGAAGCCGGCCGCCCCCAGCCGCUACAGCCAGUUCAUGACUGAGGACGAGGCUCGCUCCCAGGGCAGCUCUGCACAGAGCAGCAAUGAGGACGAAGAGGAGGAGGACGAGGAGGAGGAACAGCAGCAGCAGCAGGAGGAUGUGAAACCAGCCUCACCAGCCCCACUGUCUGUUCCCCAGUCCAGCGAUGAUGGGCCAAAGCCGGCGUCCAUCCCCAGCACUGCCCUGGAGAGUGAAUCUGUGCAGGAGUGCUACAGUGACAUGAGGAUCAGCCUGAACCAGAAGCCGAACAGCAGUCGGGACUUUGGCUUCCAGACCAACUGGGACUCUACUGGUGCCUUUGUGAAAUCCAUUCAGCCAGGCAGCCCAGCGGAGCAGUGCCAGCUGCAGGUGGGCGAUGAGGUCCUGGCGGUGAGCGGGCGCAGGGUGUCGGAGAUGAGCUACGAGCAGUGGAAGGGCAGCAUGGACGCCGCCCUGCAGGAGGGCUGCCUGGUGAUGGACAUCCGCCGGCACGGGAAGAACCGUCCCCCUGAAAAGUACAUCAAUGCCUGCAGGGAACUUACUCCCCAGCCACCCUUGGAAACCACUGUGAAAAAAGCCAAUACCAGCAGCCAGCCUACAAAUGAUCUGGCAUCUAAAGGCAUGAACGGUGGUUUCCGUGAUGAGCCCGUGGCCGAGAAAACCAAAGAAUCUGAGCCCAUUUCUUUGAAAAACUUAAAAAGGAGAUCAGAGUUUUUUGAGCAGCAAGGAGGUUCAGAGUCUGCCAUAUCAGAUCUGCCGGUCCCUUCCAUCGGCACCACGUCUAACCGCUGGUCGUGGGAUCCUGAAGAUGAGCGCCGGCGACAGGAGAAAUGGCAGAGGGAGCAGGAGCGCCUCCUACAGGAGAAGUACAAGCGCGACCAGGAGAAGCUGGAGGAGGAGUGGCGUCGCGCGCAAGAGGAGGCAAUGAAGGAGUCCAGGCGGCAGCAGGAGGCCGCGCCCCCUCCGCGGGACGAGGAAGAGGAGCGGCGGGAGGCAGAGCUGGAGGAGAGGAAGAGGCGGGAGAGGCAGGAAGCGCUCCAGCGCCAGGAGCAGGAGAGGCAGAGGAGGGCGCAGGAGGAGCUCAGACUGCAGAGGAUGCGCGAGGAGGAGGAGGAGGAGGAGGAGAGGAAGAGGCGCCAGCAGGCCGCGGAAGAGCAACGCCGGGAGCAGGAGAUGGUCCAGGAGCAAUGGGCAAAAUCCAAAUCUACUCCAGAGCUUGAUGAAGCUGACAAACCGGAGGAAAGAGGUGUGCCCAAAAGACAUGGGGGCAUUGCCCAGUGGCUUCUGGAAGAGGAGUUGAGGAGAAAGAAAAGCGUGAAGGCCCAGAGGCUGCAGGCAGCAUCCGAGCUGGAGGCCGAGAGGAGAAACAUCCUCAAUGCCAUGAAAUACAGGCAUCCAGAGAGAGUGGUGAGCAGCAGUGUGGGCGAGGUCUCCUGGAGCCGGGACUCUCAGAAGAAGAGCGGCCAGCCGGCCUCCCUUGCGGAGCAGGAACGCAAGCAGAUCCUGGAAGAGAUGAAGAAGAAGACUCCGCUGCUGACGGACAGCAGCUGGAUCCGCCAGCGCAGCACCAGUGUCACCAAGGAGGCCGCCAGCGUGGGCCCCCCCCUGAGGAGAGGCGAGUCUCUGGAUAACCUCGACAGUGAUCGCCCCUGGAGCCAGCCCUCUUGGUCUUCCGGUCUUCCCUCCUACAGCCGACCCCUCUCCGCUUCCGGCUCCGCCCCCUCCUGGGGCUACACACGCUCUGCCUCCACCACCGCCCUCACCACGAGCUCCUUGAGGCAGGGCUCGUGGGCCCCUCCCACCUCCACCUCCCCAACCCCGCCCGCCUCUCAGAACGAGGACCCCGCACCCUCAUCCCAGCAGCGCGGCAGGUCAGUCAGCGGGAAGAAAAUCUGCACGUUCUGCGACACGCCGCUGGGCAAGGGGGCGGCCAUGAUCAUCGAGUCCCUGGGGCUCUGUUAUCAUUUGGGUUGCUUUAAGUGCAUUGACUGCAAGGCUGACCUCGGAGGAUCGGAGUCGGGAGCGGAGGUCAGAAUACGGAACCGACAGCUCUACUGCAACUCCUGCUACAUCCGAUUCAAAACCGGACAGCCCACCGCCAUGUGACCUGUCAGCAUCACAGCAGAUUAAGGAAAAGGCUGUCAAUGACAGAAAUCUCUGAUCACUGCAACUGUGAGCACACAGUUGUGGAUCUUCACUAAAAGAGUAUAGAGGUUAUGAUUCUGCAGGCCCUGAUUGUAUAAUUUACAUUUUCCACUUUCCCUUUCCAAGAGGGUGAGAUUUAAUAGGGUGAUAUGUUUAUACGAGAAUACAACAAAUUGCCUGUACAGAAUAUAAGGGAUGUGCAUGUGUUUGUAUGUCAUCGAUGUUUUAUCAGAAACACAUACACUAUAUAUGUCUUGUCAUGAAAUAAUUCUGGGGACUUCCAGCUGGUAUGACAGAUUUUCAGAGUAGCACUGUUAAAUUGUUCAUAUUAAAGUAUUUUAUCAUUUCCUUUUCCCCAGGGCCCUUAUCCAGUUCUUUCCCAUAUAAAGCUUGUUUCUUGUCUAAUAUAUUUCUUUGUUACAGUAUAUCAAAAAUGUGCCUUUUUGUGAUGGUAAAAGGUGGUUAUAAUAAUAUACGGUAAAAAUAUAUAUUUAAGGCUGACACGAAUGGUUAGAAAGCACUUAUUUCUUUUGUUGUGGAGGUAAUUCAUUUGAUGCAUUUUGGGAGCAAAGUUUUCUGCGAAGGAAGUGUCUUUUGCCAAUAAAUAAGAAGGCAACAUCGCAUAUGAUAUUGAAGCA